UCUUGGUGAGAGAGAGAGAGAGCAAACUGUGCACGGGGAGGGAGCCAGGGAGCUACAGGGAACCAGGACGCCGCUGUGUUGUUAUGCCAAAACACUCAGCUGCGGCUUGUCAUACCCAAGUGUGUAUGACAGCCUGUGUGGUGACAUGGUGGUGUCUGUGGCUGACUGUGGCAGGCAUGGAGGUCUGGGGAGGAGGAGAGGAUGGGGAAAGAGGAGGAAGAGAGGAGAGGUCCCUUCAGCAAAUCCCCUUAGGAACCUCAGGAUUUCCCUUACCUGUGGAUAUUGACCCCAUUCCUUCAGGCCCCAGAGAACAGAUCAACCAAGUGACAUCCUUCAUUGAUGGGUCGGUGAUCUACGGGUCCAGCAAGGAGGAGAGUGACGAGCUGCGUGCCUUCUCUGGCGGCCUCCUCAAGGUGCAGCGCGGCCCGGCAAACACCCAGAUCCUCAUGGCCGACACCAACCAGAUUGACUGCAAGACCUCAGGAAGAUUCAAAGCCAGGUCACGCAAGACUCGGGCAGCAGACGGCCAGCUCAAAGACAUCGAGUCAGGUUCCCCAAACAACGUACUGGAUUUGAUGGAGGUUCUGCCUAACACUGACGUCAGCGAUAUCACGGAAAUUCCUAGCGUGUUUGAGCGUGACGACCAGACACUGCCCUGCGACCACACUUUGCGUUUCCGCACAGCUACAGGGUGGUGCAAUAAUCUUAACUUCCCGUCCUUCGGCAAGUCGUUCAGGGCAAAAAGUCGACUCCUACGUCCUUCUUAUGAAAACGGUCUGUCUAAACCUCGCGUCACUUCAGUCACCGGCAAGCCUCUCCCUUCCCCUCGGCUCAUUUCCACCAACAUGCACAACGACGUGUCUGCACCGCAUGUCCGCUAUACCCUAAUGGUCAUGCAGUGGGGCCAGUUUAUUGACCAUGAUAUUAUUUUCACCCCCAUCAACAAAGGUUUCCAAGACUCGAUUCUGGAUUGCCGCAGAUGUGACUCUCCCCAGACAGUCCACCCUGAGUGUUUCCCCAUAGCCAUUCCUCAGAACGAUCCAUUUUUCCCUCCUGUCAAUAUAUCAUCUGGCCAGCCAUUCUGCAUCCCCCUGACCCGCUCCAUGCCAGGCCAGCUGACACUAGGUGUGUGUGUGUGUGUGUGUGUGUGUGUGUGUGUGUGUGUGUGUGUGUGUGUGUGUGUGUGUGUGUGUGUGUGUGUGUGUGUGUGUGUGCAACAUUUCCCUCUAACACACUGCACUCCUAAUGACUAUCUCUCUCUCUCUCUCUCUCUCUCUCUCUCUCUCUCUCUCUCUCUCUCAGAUUACGAUGCAUACUGCAACCCAACAGUGCUCAAUGAAUUUGGCAUAGCCUUCCGCUUUGGCCACUCUCUACUCAAGCCUUCCCUGGAGCGCAUGGACGGAAUAUUUGCCAAGCGCAACCCUCCUGUCAAGCUGAGCGAACACUUCUUCAACCCAGACCUACUCUACCAGCCUGGGAUGCUUGAUGAGAUCAUCCGCGGCCUGACUACUGUGUCCAUGGAGACACUGGACCAGUUCUUGACAGAUGAGGUGACCAACCAUCUCUUUGAAGACAAGCGGCAGCCAUUCUCUGGCCUGGACCUGGCUGCCCUCAACAUCCAGCGAGGCAGAGACCAUGGACUGCAGCCUUACAAUGAGUACAGGGCCCUCUGUAACCUGACCAGGGCGAGGUCGUUUGAUGACCUGCACAGGGAGAUAGCGAGGCCGGUGAUCGAGCGAAUGAAACAGACGUACGCACACGUGGAUGACAUAGAUCUGUUCACUGGUGGAUUGAUUGAGACGCCGCUGCACGGUGGACUGGUCGGUCCCACGUUCGGCUGCAUCCUUGGCAUUCAGUUCAGGAACCUCCGCUGCUGUGACCGGUUCUGGUAUGAGAAUGCUGACCCACUUGUGCGCUUCACCGACCCUCAGCUCACUGAAAUAAGAAAGGUGACACUGGCCAAGCUUCUGUGUGACAACUGUGACAAUGUGGAAAGUGAACAGCGGUCUGUCUUUGACCUUCCAGACCCCUUCCUGAACCCCCGAGUGUCAUGUCGCGACCUCCCCGGGGUGAACCUUGAGCUGUGGAAAGAGGAGCACGAAGAAGAGGAAGACCUACAUAGGAUCAGAUGGAAGGACCAUGUCAAUGAAGACACAAGAGACAAAGGAUUAGAUGAAAGAAUGCCUCAAAGCAGAAACAUCUGAAGAAGACUUUUGUAAAGAGCAAUCCCAAAUAGAAAUUAGGGUGGGAAGAAGCAGCGUUGGCACUCACCACAUUGGUAACAUAGAUGCCCAGGAGUGUUCGUCGUGCUGGCCGUUCCACUAGGAUGGCCAUGAGGCUGCCAAUGAACCCUGGCACAAAGGAGACUG